AUGGUGCUUCCUCUUUCUUUAAUGCGAACUGCGCAGAAUCAUCCAAUGUUGGUCGAGCUGAAAAAUGGUGAAACUUAUAAUGGACAUUUAGUUACAUGCGAUGGUUGGAUGAAUAUACAUCUCAGAGAUGCGAUUUGCACUUCAAAAGAUGGUGAUCGAUUUUUAAAAAUGCAUGAAGUUUUUAUUCGAGGUUCAACUGUUAAAUAUUUGAGGAUUCCUGAUGAAGUCGUUGAACUUGUAAAAGAAGAGGUGAAAGAAGUUCGUCGUCAACAAAAAGAUCAACAACGUGCAAAACGGGAAGUACAAGGUGGUCGAGGAGGUGGCCAAAGUAAUCGUGGAACUUUACGAGGCGGCCGUGGAGGUACUGUUAAAGGACGUGGUCGUAGCAAACCAGUUUGA